AUGGGAUGCUCAUCAAGUUCUCAAAGACGUAACUCAAAAAAAAAUAUAAAUGUUAUAACAAAACCUUCAGGAGAAAAAAAAAAGUGUGUAAAAGAUACAAAAGUAAAAAUAGUUUUAUUAGGAGACAGUGGGGUUGGUAAGUCAAGUAUUGCUUUGCAUUUGUGUCAUGGACGUUUUUCUGAAAAGCACCAAGUAACAAUUGGUUCAGCUUUUUUACAUCAUGUAAUUGAAUUAAAAAAUGGUACGAGCAUGAAACUACAUAUAUGGGACACAGGAGGCCAAGAAAGAUUUCGUUCUAUGGCUCCUUUAUAUUAUCGUGACGCAUAUGGAGCAGUAGUUGUUUAUGAUUCAAACAAUGUUGAAUCAUUUGAUUCUCUAAAGUAUUGGAUAAAUGAAAUAAAAUCAAAAGGAGCACGAAAUUGCUGCAUUAUGGUUGUUGCAAAUAAAAAGGACUUGCCAAAAAAAAUUAAUUCGGAAAUGGUUAUGAAAUUUUGUGAAGAAGAAAAUGUGUCUUUUAUCGAAUGUUCUGCGAAGACAGGAGAAAAUAUUAAUACUCUAUUUGAAAAAAUUGCAAACCGUAUUUAUAUUACAUUUAAAGAAUCACUUUUUUAUAACUCAUAA